AUGGCUACAUUGACACUACCGCAUGCUUCGAGCUCCUCUCUUGCCGCCGAAGUUAAACCUGGCAGAGUUCGUGAGCAGAAUCCCUUGGUUAUCGGCUUAUACGGACUUCCCGGGUCUGGAAAGUCUACUCUGAUCAAUCAGAUGAAGCUUGAGCAUGAACUGAGAAACUUUGGCUUUUACGAAGGAUCCGAGCUGAUUUCAGCCACUGUUCCUGGAGGCCUCACAGCCUUUGCGCGACUUGACGAAAAAGAAAAGCGUUCUGUACGAGAGCGGGCAAUUGCUAGCCUUGCAGAAGAUUGCCUGGCACGAAAGCGCGCUGCUUUGGUCGCUGGCCACUACAUGUUCUGGCCAGAGGAAGACUUGAAAGGCAAUGUUGUCGCUACCACUAGCGACUUCCACGUCUAUACGCACAUCAUCUACUUGGACAUACCAGCCCCGGCCAUUCUCGAACGUCGACAAGGCGAUGUGAGCCGGCAUCGGCUGACAGCGUCCGCCGCGCACUUACACCAGUGGCAGCGAGCGGAGAUUUACCAACUGCGCGAUCUCUGCAGACAGCAUGGCGUCUUGUUCUCGGUUGUCCCACAGCAUACCGACCCGUUUGCUUUCAUCUCGAAGUUGGCGCGCCAUUUCGAGCAGACGAAUGCGAGAUGCAACCUUGGUCUUGUUCUUAACAAAGUCAAAGCGGCUCUGAUUAGCCAAGAGCGUGCUGAAACUGUGUUGGUCGUCGACGCGGAUAAGACUCUGGCGGGCGAAGAUGGCGGCUACAUGUUUUGGCAGGCUCUGAAUGGCUCUAGUCACGGAGUGUCAUAUUCGUGCCCACUAACGAGCCUUUUCAGCAGUCCGCUCGGCUAUUCCGAGGCUGCAUUUCGCCAAGCAACACUGCUUUACGAGGAAUCUGCGAACGAGAAAGAAUUCGAGGCCCUGUGCGACAAACUUGCCUCCUCCAUCACAAUGCAUCCCGAGUUCAUUGCGCUUUUUCAGCUCGUUUGCGGCCACAAACAUCUGCGAGUGGUUGUGCUGACCUGCGGAAUUCGGUGUAUAUGGCAGAUGGUGCUGGAUAAAGCCGGCUUUGGACACAUGAUUAAAGUUAUUGGCGGUGGCAGGAUCGCGGACGAGGUUGUGGUCACCUCGAAGAUCAAAGCAGAGGUUGUCUCGAGUCUUCGAGAGCAAACUGGCCUUUAUGUAUGGGCAUUUGGAGACAGCCCACUUGACUUGCCGAUGCUCGAGGCAGCGAACAGGUCAAUUGUCGUCUCUGGUGAUGUUCAAAAUCGAAGUCGCAGCAUGGACAAUGCACUUCGUGACGCCAUCGACACGCGCGGACUCUGCUCUCUGCAAGUGCUCCUCCCACCGCAUGCCACUCCACGGCUUGAUACCAGAAAGCUACCACUAGUAGAGCUUUCUGAUCCUAAUUUUGUCGCAGCGAUUGUGCGCCGCCGCAACUCGGAAACCCUUGCAUCUGCAACCAAGGCAGCGUGGACUUGCGGUUGGGCCAUGGUCCAUGCCACACAUACCAGUGCAGCAAAGCUACUCAUGUCUCCGACUCGCGAUGCCUCCGUAGCUGGACCACGGCUGAGAAAGGCUCACGAGGAGGUGGGCAAGUUUUUGGCUCUACACUUUCUGUCAGAAGUGGUUGGCGUUGAGGAAUUCAACGUACCGCAUGUGCAGGGUCACCAGAUUGGCGGGUUCCGCCUCGCCAAUGAGUCCAAGACUACGAUUGUAGCGCUCAUGCGAGGUGGAGAGCCCAUGGCCUUUGGCAUCAAUGAGGUGUUUCCCAGAGCCAUGCUUGUGCAUGCCUAUUGUCCAGAAGACAUUAAGCUCCAUCAUGUAGGGAAUCAAAAGAACCUGAUUCUUGUCGAUUCAGUGGUCAACAGCGGAAAAAGCAUCAUGGACUUUCUACAUCACGUCACUCUGCUCAAGAAAGACUUGACAAACAUUGUAGCCGUUGCAGGAGUGGUUCAGGAAGAAGCAGUCGCUGAUGGUCAUGCUCUGCGAGCGAUGAUGGAGCACCAUCGGGUCAAAAUGGUAGCCUUGCGAGUAUCGAGCAAUAAGUUUACGGGCACCAAAACUACCGACACCGGGAAUCGGCUCUUCAACACGACCCAUCUUGCUUAA